UCUAAUUGGUGGGUUAGUGGGAGCUAUGGUAAUAGUAGCCAUUGCUACGUGGAUCUUCUUCAGAAAAAGGAAAGAAGAAAGGCUCCCUGCUCGGAAAGAUGGUAGUUUUCUUGCAAAAUUAGUUCAACAGGCUAAAAACAGAUUACUAAUAGAAAUUUCUCAUCAUUGUCUUCUUCUUUUGACAGAAUCAGAUGAUUCAUUCUCUGAGCAGUCUGGAUCGCAGAAGAUUUCGGUGAAAGAACUUUAUUCAGCAACAAACUACUUCAAUCCUUCAAACUUCAUUGGCCAAGGCAUAGCUGGAAAGGUGUAUAAGGGUCUUCUCUCAAAUGGUCUGCAUGUUGCGGUUAAGCACAUAAUCAAUGAUGGACAAAUAGAAACUUUUGUCAGGGAAGUUAGAAGCCUAUCUCAUAUCAGGCAUCCAAACCUUGUAGCUUUGCUUGGCUAUUGUGAGAGUGAAGAUGAAUGCUUCCUAGUCUAUGAACUGUGCCACAAUGGGAACCUCUCAGAGUGGCUAUAUGGAAAGGAUAAAGUUCUGUCAUGGAUUCAGAGACUCAAGGUUGCAAUGGACAGUGCAAGGGGCCUCUGGUUUCUCCACACUUAUCCAGAAGGCUGCAUUGUUCAUCGUGAUAUCAAGCCAACAAAUAUCCUUAUCAAUGAUAAAUUUCAAGCAAAACUUGCAGAUUUCGGAUUGUCAAAAGUUAUGGACCUAGGUCAAUCCCAUGUGAGCUCAGAAGUGAGAGGAACAAUUGGUUAUGUUGACCCUGAGUACCGUCAAAACAACCGAGUGAAUGCCUCUGGUGAUGUUUACAGUUUUGGUAUUGUACUUCUACAACUUUUGUCAGGGCAGAGGGUGCUUAAUCUGAACCUGGACAGACCAUUGCCUCUAAGUAAAAUGGCAAAAAAUCUCACUAGAGGGGGUGACAUUACCAAAUUUGCAGACCCUAAACUUAACGGGGAAUACCCAUUAGAAGCUUUUGACCUCAUACUCAAGCUAGCUUUGUCAUGCACAGGGAUAAAGCAGGAAAGGCCAACCAUGGAGCAAGUGGUAUUAAUACUACAAAAAGCACUUAAUAUCAGAAUACAAGCAAAGCCAGUUGCAUCCCGUGGAAUAAUCAUAUAUUAAAGUUCUU